GCAGCAUCAUCAUCACCAAGUUCUUCAGCUUGUUCGUCGCCUUCAGAACCACUUGCUCUUUUCUGUGUUCCCUCUCCUACCCUCUUCUCCUCACAAGAACCCCGCCCAUCAUCAUCUUUCCUCAUCUUCUUCUUCAUUGCCAGCCUCACCAUCAUCGUACCUGAUCUCCUAUUACACAGGACAUCCCAUUAUAUCUGAUUCUGGAGGAGAACUGCGAAUACAUACAUAUAUACGUAUCGAUAAACAUGGGCGAGGCUGCUGCCGACGUGAAGUCGGCCCUCCGACAACGAGUACUGUCAGACGAGACGACAGAUGUGAACAAGCCACCAUCCAGUAGUGAUGACAAUGGCAUUCCGCCGGCGUGGUGGACGCUCAACCACAAUGGAAUGCCUCAGGCCGUUGCACAUCGAGGGUACAAGGCCAGCUUUCCAGAGAACACAAUGGGAGCGUUUCGAGGGGCUGUCGAGGUCGGCGCCCACGCCAUUGAGACGGAUUUGCACCUGUCCAAAGACAAGGUCGUCGUCAUCUCACAUGACAAAGAUCUCAAGCGCUGCUACGGCGAAGAGGGCCUAGUCCGAGACCGCGACUGGGCCUACCUGCAAACACUGCGGACCCUCCGCGAGCCGCGCCAACCCAUGCCGCGCCUGUCAGAACUGCUCGCGUACCUGGCCGAGCCGGGCAACGAGGCCGUCUGGCUGCUGCUGGACAUCAAGAUCGACGACCCAGCCGGGGAGAUGAUCCCACGCAUCGCCGAGACCAUCCUCCGCGAGGCACCGCAGCCGCCGCCCUCGGCAGCCUGGACGCGGCGGGUCGUCCUGGGCUGCUGGACGGCCAAGCACCUCCGCCUGUGCCACGAGCUGCUCCCCGGCUUCGCCAUCGCCUGGAUCGGGGUGACGCUGCCCCUGGCGAGGCAGUACCUCAGAGUGCCCAACGUGGCCAUCAACAUGCGCCAGGAGCCGCUGUACUGCCUGGGCGGGCCGCGCUUCAUCCGGGACUGCCAGGAGGACGGGCGGCCUCUGUACGCGUGGACCGUGAACAAGGUGUCCUGGAUGCGCUGGGCCAUCCGCAAGAAGCUGGACUGUAUCAUGACGGACGACCCGAAGCUGUUCCUCGAGGUGUUAGAAGAUGACGAUGACAACGACAAGGAGCUCUAA